ACCCAUAUUUGGCCACCUUUGACCCAGAGUUCUUUUAUACAUUAUUAGCAAAUUGUCACAUGUCCUGCGAGCAGGCUACAUAAUUGAUAAAGCCUAAUCUGUAAUUUUCUGAUGGACUGUCGUGAGUAGUUUGAGACCUGCCCAGGGAUAUGCUAUUGUCAUCGAUUAACUCGGACGUUCGACGGUUUGGGUUGUUGUCUUGGAUGUUUAGCACACACCAAACCCAUCUAUAACCAUUCUCGUCACCCUAGAGUUUUAACUAUGGAGCCAGUUGGUCCCCAUUCAGCACUGAUUCAAUGUACGAUUCAGUCGAUUAAGCUACAUAGCAACUGCCUCGGGAAUAUACCAUGCAAGAUGAGCUCAUUCCUUGUGCUAGAAACUUUUACUACAAUGAGCAAUCUUCACUUGCAGGAAGCUAAUUCCAGAAAAGCUCAUACAUAUUUUUCCAUCAACGGCCAAUGUAAUAAAUAAGAGCCCCAGUGGCCUUCUUAAUUAAAUAUUAAGCAGAGCUUCUUCAAUGGUAUGGCAGGUCCAAUUCAUGCCCUCUGCACAUUGAGAAGAAGCCAACACAACCCCCCUUCAAAUUUUCCCACUAGAAGGAUUUGAGUUGCUUCAUCUUAAAGACCAGCAAUCCCAGAAAUUUUCUACAAGCUUGCCUAAACAGUUCCAUGGAAGAGACUGGGGGGAGCCACUUUGAGUCACCGACUCCUCAUUUCUUCAAGAUAAUACAUCCUUACUCACUUCGACUCGGGAAGAUUUCCAUUCCUAAGAGGUUUGUCAGGAAGUACGGGGACAAUCUUCCGAAUGCAGUGAUUCUCAAGGUCCCAAACGGCGAGAGCUGGAAAGUUUGGUUGGAAAAGUGUGAUGAUGCCUUCUGGUUACAGAAAGGGUGGCCAGAGUUCAUAGAACAUUACUCUAUCGAGGAACAAUAUCUCGUGAACUUCUGCUAUGUGAAGAAAUCUGUUUUCCAAGUGGUAAUAUUUGACAAAAGCGCAACUGAGAUAGAAUACCCGCUGAAAUCAGCCAAUGUCAAAAGGGUUAAGCCCGUUCCUGAAUCUCUUUCUUCGGAGAUGGAGGAAUCUGCUUAUAAAACUUCACCCGGAACCUUGUCAGGUUAUGAGGUGGAACAGGAGAUUGAAUGUGGUCAUGUUGAACCUGAUGUCGAAUCGUCCUCAUCAGAGAUGGAGGAGUCAACAGAUAACUCAGUCAGUAUCAUGAGAGAUCUUGAGCCUGCAAUGGAAAUUAGCUGCGACAGUGAUGACCUGACUCCGAACUCUGGUCUCGAAUCAAGACGUUCCAAGCUUGGGGAGAAGAAGCUGAAGCACCGGAAAACACUAAAUCAUUCAUCGAAGCAGUUGAGAGGCAAAGCAAUAAAUGUUGCUCCGCCAGUUUCUCUGACUCGGAGAAUUCUGAAGUUUGCCAAAUCAUCCGAAGCAGUGAAUUUCAGGUCAGAGUAUCCCUUCUUCCACGUUCUCAUGACUGAAUCGUAUGUGAAGUCUGGAAGUGUGGCUAUCUCAAAAGGAUUCAUCGUGAGGAAUAAUUUAGAGGAAGCGCCACAAAAAGUCAUGCUUCGACAUUCUGACAGAUUGUGGCCUGUGAGCAUGAACUACUAUAAGGCAAAAGCUCGUGGAGGCAGCUUAUGCGGGGGAUGGGCAGCAUUUGUGAGGCAAAACCACAUAAAGGUCGGAGAUAUCUGUAUUUUCGAGCUCGUCAAGAAGAAAGGGGUCAUCUUCAACGUGACUGUAUUGAGAUGCGGUGGUUAGUCGGUCACAUUUGUUCCAGGAGUGAUGAGACGGAAGACAGAUGGUGAUGGUGAAAUUUGAAAUCGUUGGCUAAAGUUGAAGAGAAGCCGCUUUGAAGAUCAAAGAAAACUUGUGAUGCCUACUUAAUGCAUUAUCAGUUUAGUCGGUAGUUAUGAUCAAUAAGCUCGAUAAUCUAAGUGUAAAUCAAUCACUCCUCAAUUCACAUGCAUAUGAUUUGUAAGAGGCUGUAAUUAUACAAUGUCAGUCAAAUUCAAAAGGACCCCUGUUCUCCUUUUGUCAUCCAACAUACCAUGUUCGGUGUCCCCAACAUCUGGACUAAUUUGUCAUCCCAUG